CCUCCCACUCCAACCAUCUCCCCUUCCCCCCUUCCUCUUCUCGCGCAGCCCGACGCCUCCGCCUCCUCGCCGCCGCGCCACCCCUAUUAAUUCUCCUCCUUCCCCACCCCCACACUAAGAUCGCAACGCAGUCUGCUCCUCCUCGUGCCCGCGUGCUUCCUCUCCAGCCAGUGACAACCCGCGACGUGCGCUGCGCUUCUUCAGUUCUUCUGCAUAGGGAGAUUCAAGACAGGGGAGCAGCUAAGAAAGAACUAGUGUGACGCCAUGUCCGUGCAAGUGGCGACGGCGCCGGGUUUGAGGACGGCGUCCUCGGCGGGUGUGGCGCCGUGGCCGUACGCGGAGUACAUGGCGCGGUGGGAGCGGCGUCAGCUCUUCCUUCGGAGCUAUCACUUCUCACGCGACGCCGACGUCUCGCGCUCGCCGCGCGCGCGCGCGCGCCGCGUCGUCUGGGCGGGGCUGCGCCGCCUGCGCCGCGCCGCGGCCACGGGGCUCCGCCGCCUCCGCGCGCGCCUGCGCCUCUGCUUCGGCUGGGCCACGCGCCGCCGGUCCCGCAGGGCGGGCAGCAACCUCCGCUACGGCCACCUCUCCGCCGCCGGGAAGUCCCAGACGGCGACCGCGUCCGUGUGCUUCUGGUAGUGCUCGCCGGAGCAGAGCAGAGCAGGAUCAAGCUUCAAAUGCCAACGCGGCAGCAUCCGUUGCUUCCUUGGGUUGGCAUCUGAAAGGAGCGAAGCUUACUUAGACACGAAUUAGCUGGUGUGCGUAUGCUAACACUUCUGUUCCAUGGAGAUGGAGUGCUUGCUUACUAGUAUUGCCUAAUUAGAGACGAUAAAGUGGGUUAAUUAAGGGGAUUAAGGAUGUUCUUUUUUAUUUCUUUUUGCCUUUUCGAUUGUGAUCUAGUACACUCUACUACUCCUCUCUCUACGAAUGAAUCGUGUGUUUUGCUAA